AUGCCCACCGUCAUAUCCAAAUACCUGGACGGACGGAUAAUCCGACGGGACAAUGUUAGCAAGGGCGUGCUGGCCGCGGCUGUACUGCUGUACGGCUGCAAGAUUGGUUACCCGAUCGUGUUGAAAGUGUGCGGUGGCGGCGGAGGCGGCGCAGACGGUGGCAAGGGCGACAAAGGGCUCGACGGCGGCUCGCGGCGACCGUCGGGCGAGUCCAACGACAAUAACAACACCAAGGGGUCUACGGCGAUCACCGCCGUGGCCGCGGUGGGCGGCGGCAAGAGGUCGUCGUCCGGCAAGAGGACGAGAGCCGCCGGGCCGAGCAUCAACCGCGAGUUCCUGAUCCAGCUCAAGAAGCUGCUCAGGCUCAUGGUGCCCGGCUUCUGGACGCCCGAGGUGGGUCUGCUGUCCAUGCACACGGUGGCCCUGAUAUGCCGUACGUUCAUGUCCAUAUUCGUGGCCACCAUGGAGGGCAAAAUGGUCAAGUUCAUCGUCCGCCGAGACGUGCCAAACUUCGGGCUGAUGCUGUUCAAGUGGCUACUAUGCGCCCUGCCCGCCACUUUCCUCAACUCCAUGAUCCGAUAUCUGGAAUGCAAGCUCGCCCUGGCUUUCAGRACUCGACUGGUCAACCACGCGUACGGUAUGUACUUCAAGGACCAGACUUACUAUAGGGUGAGCAACAUGGACGGCCGGAUCGAGAACGCAGACCACCGACUAACGGACGACAUUACGGCGUUCACGUCGUCCGUGGCGCACUUGUACUCGCACCUGACCAAACCUCUGUUCGACUGCGCGCUGAUCGCGCUCACCUUGGCCAGGAGCAGCAAGCAAAUGGGCGCCGCCGUUGUUCCAGGACCCUUAUUGGCCAUCGUCGUCAUCAGCAUCACCGGGCAGAUACUGAGAAUGCUGUCACCAAAAUUCGGUUCCUUAGUCGCUGUGGAAGCAGACAGGAAGGCUUACCUACGUCACAUUCAUUCCAGGGUCAUCACGAAUGCCGAAGAGAUCGCGUUUUACGGGGGUCACAAGGUGGAGAUGAUACAUUUGCAAAACGCCUAUCAGUCGUUGGUCCGACACAUGAACGCRAUUUUCUCACAAAGAUUGUGGUACGUGGUCCUAGAACAGUUCCUCAUGAAAUACGUAUGGAGCGGAACCGGAAUGGUCGUCGUGUCGUUACCGAUAAUAACUAGCUCAAGAGUAGCAGAACUCAACGAUUCUCCCGACGGAGGAGUUAGCGAGCGGACUCAAUACCUGACCACGGCAAGAAACCUGUUGGCUUCUGGGGCUGAUGCCAUCGAGAGAUUAAUGACUUCGUAUAAGGAAAUUGUUGAGCUCGCCGGCUACACGUACAGAGUAGGCGUCAUGCUUGACGUGUUCAAUGACGUCAGCAAGUGUAAGUACCGCCGAAACGGUUUGGCCAGCGGUAAAGUACUCAAGACGUUACCGAAAUUGCACUACAACAAGGAUGGACAACUCGUGAUUAGAGGCGUCGUGAAAAAUAGUCCAGACGGCAGCAUAUCGCUUUACGAUGUGCCCAUAGUGACGCCUAACAACGACGUGGUCGUGUCCAGCCUGACAAUGACAAUGAAGCCGGGUGAACAUCUGCUAAUCACCGGCCCCAACGGAUGCGGUAAAUCGUCUCUGUUCCGGGUCCUAAGUGGAUUGUGGCCAGUCUACGCUGGCACCCUAAUCAGGCCGCCUAACUGUUGCAUGUUUUACAUACCCCAAAGGCCGUAUAUGACAAUAGGCAGCCUAAAAGAACAAAUAAUUUACCCGGACACUCUUUCGGACAUGCUGAUCAAAGGCAUUACCGAACAAGACUUGGAGGCGUGCUUGGCCCAAGUCCACUUGUCCCAUCUGGUACAGAGGGAAGGCGGCUGGGACGCGACUGCCGACUGGAAAGACGUCCUGUCCGGUGGCGAAAAACAGAGGAUGGCGUUUGCUAGAAUCUUUUACCACAAACCAUCGUUUGCCCUGCUGGAYGAGUGUACCAGUGCCGUGAGCAUAGACGUCGAAAGUGACAUGUAUCAGUCGGCUAAGGACUCCGGUAUCACACUACUCACCAUCACUCACAGGCCGUCACUAUGGAAAUUCCAUUCGCACAUAUUGCAAUUUGACGGUGAAGGAGGAUGGAAAAUUUCAACACUGGGACAAAAGGAAAAAGAUACCGGUGUAUUAGCGAUCGAACAACCGAAAGAUAAAUUAGUGAACGGAAUUUCUUAGUGAGAAAAU